AUGGCUUUCACUGAUUUCAGCUGCGUCUUCUACGAAAAGGGCGACGCACUUGGCAAGGUCCUGGCCUAUGCAGCCCUUCUACCUUAUGUGCUCAUUUUGCACCAUGCUUCGCAGUUCUACGGUCGCAGAUUGGUUCAAGAAGGUGUCAUCGUCGCGGGCUUCGUGAUGAAUGAGGGCAUUGCAAGAGGUCUUAAGCAUGGUCUAAGGCAUCCACGGCCCGCAGAUACUUGUGCUAAGCUCGACCUGUGUGACUCGUUUGGGAUGCCCAGCUCCCACACGCAAUGCAUCGCUUUCGCAUUCAUGUUACACUUUCUGCUAUGCAUGCGAAGCGUGGGGGGGAAGAGCCUUGGCACGCGACUGAUUGAGGCCUGCGAAGUGGUCGGCCUGGCUUUCGCUUGUUUGCUUACGGCUUCCUCUAGAGUUUACCUGGGGUAUCACACAACUGAUCAGGUCGUGGUUGGCGGGUUGCUGGGGCUUGUUAUCGGGGCGACGUGCUUCGCUGUGCUGGGUUGGCGAGGGAGGCAGUAUGGUAUCGUAAUCUCUCGAAAAAAGCACGAUAAGGCAAAGCAGCUGUGGCUGAGAAUGGACAACGCCUCCCAGCUGCGGGCGGAUUUGGAGGCUGUCUCUAAGGGCGACCGCCACUUGCAAUUUAAACGCAGCUCCUCCAAGAGCCUGCUCAGUGUGGCGGCGGGGGGCCAGGGAACCCCAUUUGCAGCGCCAAGCGGUCCCAGCGGGGCUACCUCCGCCACUGCCUCUGCCGCCUCCAGCCCCCCUCGCCGCUUCCUGCGCUCCAUGACCUCCGCCAUCCACUCCUCCCACUCCGUGUCCACCGUGCUGCCACACGGCUCCGUGUGUUUUGACCGGCCACCCUCCGCGUCCGUGAACGCAGCUGCCGCAGCCGCAUUCCCGUCCCGUCUGCCCUCCCGCCGUGCGUCCAACGCCAGUGGUGGUGCCACGGAUGCGUCCGGGGAGGAGGUGCGGCUCACUAAUAGCGGAGGAUCCAAGAGGUAUGCCGGGGAGAGUCCCCCCUCCCGCCGCCCCUCCCGGCCAUCCCGCGUGUCCGUGUUUCGUGACAUGCCCGACUAUGCGGCCGCCAUUUCCCGGCAAAACCAGCUCGAGGAUACGGUGGCGGAGCUGGAGGAACAAGUUCGCGAGCUGGCUGCGGACAACGAGCGGCGUCAGGAGAGCUACAUGCGGCGGGAGGCGGCUCUGCAGGAGGACGUGGCCAAGCUGGAGGAGCAGCUCAGGAAGGCCAGGGGGGAGCAGCCGCAGAACCCGACAUUCGGAAAGGCGGCGGCAAACAUACGUGAACUGCACAACCAGGUGGUGUCCCAGAUUGAGGACCUGCUCACCGCCCAGGCCGCAUCCUUCCGCAGCGAGGAGCACUCCACUCUGCGCAACUUCACCGCCCGGCUGGACGAGCUGGAGGCGGCAGUGGUGACUGAGCGGGCCAAGGGGGCGGCCCGGGAAGACAUCGACACUGUGGAGCAGGUCAAGAAGCUGAGGACGCAGCUGGAGGAUACGCAACAGAUUGCACAGAUCCUGGACAAGAAGCACAGCGUGUUGGCGGAGGAGAACUCCCGACUGAGGGCCCAGUUCAAACUGCAGGAGGCGGACAGGGAGUACCUCAUCAAGCAAACGGUGGCGCUCAAGAAGGAAAACACCGCACUCCGAAACCAGCUGACGGCACUGUUGGAGGAGAUGGCCGUACUCAACCAGGAAAAGGAGGAGCUCAUGAGGGCGGCGACAGCCGUUGGCCCUGACGGCGGCAGCACGGUCGGCGCUGGCGUCCUUCUGACCCUAGGUGGCGGACGGCCAGGCUCGGCCGUGGCCUCGACACGGCCUUGGUCCUCACGCGGCGGCGGCGGCGGCGGCGGCGGGGUCUCUGCCUCCGCUGCGGCCGCGGCAGUGACCUCCGCCGCCGCCGGCCCCGAGGGUCAGGUGGCUGUUAAGAUCCAGCGGUACGAGGACGUGAUAGAGAACCUAAAGCGGUUGUUGGAGGCUGAGCGGCGGCGCACCAAGCAGGCCCGGGCGGCGCACACGUUGGAGCUGCAGCAGCGCACGGGGCUUCAAGCGGUCCUUAGGCAGUGUGUGGAGGACUUACGGGAGAGGCGCAAGCUGCUGGCAGCUGCCGCUGGCGAUGGCAACCUAACACCGGCUGAGCGUCAGGAUCUGAUCUCCAUGCUGUUGGGCAAGGAAGAGAUUCUGCGGGCGGUGUUUGAUCGGGCGUUCCCUGGAGUCACCCCGCAUCCCCCUUCGGACCCCUACCUGGACCGAAUGGCAAACUGGCAGGAGCAUCGUGAUGCGCAGGUGGCUGCCAAUGCCAAAGUGAUCGCAGCCGCCAAGAACGCCGUAUUGGCCCCCGCGACCGCCGUGAAGGAGUCCACUCCAGGGGGCAUGUUGCUCAAGGAGGCCGCGAACCGGCCCUGGGUACUCAACGUGGAUGCCAUGUUGUCCGAGUUCCUAGGGGGCCCAGGAGGGGGAGGGCCGGGGGUGGCGGGGGCUGCAUCGCUCAAGUCCAUGGGGGUAGCUUCCGCCGCGUCCGGUGUGCCAGGAGGAGGGGCGGGAGUUGUACGGAUCGUACGACCCACUUGCAGCCACGGCACGGUUUCCGAGCCUGUGGGGAGCGCGGCCGCCGCAUCCGAUGAUAGUCGGGCGCUUCUACUGAGGCACAUCCUCGGUGGUACCCCAGCAACCCGAUGGAGGUUUCGGAACGCAGCAGCGAGCAUUGUGGAGGCAUGCGGUUGGAGGAAUCUGCGUGAGCGGCGCCUAAUUUCAUGGGCCUCGAGUGAGCGCAUGGUGUCAGAGCUCAUGCUGUGGGUGGAGGGCCAGCUGCAAGGCUUCCCACGACCACCGAGCAAGACGUGA